AUGUUCUCUGAUAUUGUCUAUCAAAGUGGCGAUCAAUACAUCCAAAGUCUUGAUGAUUUCAAAGCCGGGAUUUGUAUUGUUAUCCCGUGUAUGAUUGGAUUCCUGAUGUCGUGUCUUGCAAUCCGUGGAUGUUACAAAAUUCCAUCAAUGAAUUCACCUUUCGGAUAUUUGACCAAAUAUCAAUUAUUCUCCCAGGUUAUUGCCUCGUUGAAUAGUGGAGGGUUUUAUUUCUUCGGGGUUUUGCUGUGAGUUACCAUUCCAUAGGUCUGAGGUAUCUUAAUUUAUAACCUUAUUUACAGGGACAUCAAAUGCGUUAUCAAUAAUUCUAACAUCUUCGGUUUGCUCACAAAAAUCCUUUUACCAUUAAUCCUCUCCCUAUCCCUAAAUCGAUUUUUGGCCCUAAUCGCGCCACUUUUCUACCAACACAUUUAUCAGCUAAAAUAUCGCCGGAUUUGUGUUCUGGCAUGUUGUACAAUUCCAGUUGUUUACACAAUGAUUUUCACGUGGACAUGUGAGCUCAGCUCAGAAAAUUAAAACAAUAAAAAUCGAAAAGUUUUCAGAUGACUGUGGUUAUAAGUUCUACCACUAUGGCUGGGUAUUUUCGUUCAUAAUUUCUGACACUUGCGGUACAAAAUUUGAAGUUUUGCUGCGCGGCGCUCAGAGUUUAUUGAGCUCUUCGAUUUUGUUUCUGGAUGUUUGUACGUUGGUUUUGUUGGUGUGCUUUAGAGUGAGUUAGGAAACUUGUGACGAAGUCUUGCGGGUUCAAAAAACCCAGAAAUGAAAAAUUUUGAAUUUUCUACUUUGGAGGGCAUUUUCACCUCCCUCAAAUCCCCAAUCCUUCUAGAAACGCGUGCUCAAAAUCAAAUCCGCCGAAAUCCGCAAACGCGAGAUCAGUUUCGGUCAACAAGUCGUCAUCCAAGGUUUCGUCUUCAUGUUACACGGUCUCUGGUACAGUGUAGCCUAUAAAUGGUUCCCCCAAAGUAUCCCAGAAAAUUGGCGAAUCUUCUGGACCUCUUCAUUUUCCGCAAACUUGCUUCAUAUUUUUGACACGUGGGUUAUCGGUCUUGAAUGGAAAUAAAAUAGUUUUUUUUAAUUUUUCAGCGGAGUGAUUUUCAUCUUCAACACCGAGUUUGCCAAGUGGCUACGACCCAAAAUCCAAAAACCGCUGGACUCGGAAAGUGUGGCUACAACUGUUUUAUAA